AUGGGAAACAACUAUUCUCACAAGGCAACCAAGGGGUCCAAGCGGGCCCACAAGGAGAAGCCAGGUGAGGUGGAGAAGCCACCAAAUGUGGAGAAGCCACCUGGUGUGGACAAGGCCCAGCAGACGCAGCAGUUCCGCACCCACUCCAAGCAGAAGAAGUCUAGAAUUCCCUGUGUCAAUAUGGGGAGGCCGGGCUUUUCCACGGCCCGGAACAAAAAAGUGUGCCGUGGAUCUCCGGCCCAUGGAAAGAACCUGGGAGCAAAAACCCAAACCAAGAUCGUGCUGCUUUUCCCCCUGGGAAAGAGACAUCCGUCCACCAGAGCGGCUGCAGGCUACCGCUCACGGGCCACGCGAGUAGGGGAAGGUGCGAACGGCCCUCUGGAAGGCAUGCCGGGGUCAUCGUCCACGAUGCGAGGAGCAGGCGACAGCGCGGAGCGGCGCGACAACUGCGCGAGGAGCGACGCCCAGCGCGCGCUAGAGCUGAAGAUAGUUUUCCUGCUGCUGCUGGACGCGCGGCCGCAGGAAGAAGAGCCCCGCGCGGCGGGCGGAGCCGGCGACGGAGCCGAGGGCGGGGCCCGCGCAGGAAACGGGCCCAGCGCAGGGAGCGGGGCCGGACCCUUCAAGGCCUCGCAGAGUUGGCAGCGGCUGUCCGACCACCUGUUGGCCAAGAUCAAGGUCGAGUGUGAGGCCAGAGUGGAAGAGGAGCUUCUGCAGCAGCCACGCUGUCCGCGCCAGCAUUCCUGA